UUCUCUACAGCGUCCAUGCGAGAUCCGCCAUCCCGACCUCGAAGAUCGCCGGCCGCCGUCGUUCUGCUCUCGCGCUCGCGUCGCGCUCGUGGCAGGGCAGCGGAUGAGCUAGGAGCGCUUCGAUUCCUUGUUCGUUCGUUCGAUUUCGCGGUCGCCCGCUGAGGAUUCCGUACGAGAUUGCUGGCGAGGCUCGCGGCAUUGGUUCGAUUUCUCUCCUCGCGGACGAUCGAAACUGAAGAGUGAGUCAGUUUCUUCUGUUUCGACUUGCGCGUAGCUCAAGCUCGCUUGAUUUCUCCGUCACUUCCAUUGAGCGUCGUUUGAUGAUUUCUUCAGAAAUUGCCGCGUGCUAAUCAUCCGUGAUGUCUCGCCGUUGGUUUUAGCAGUUUGAGUGGGAUGAUGUCUAAGGAAAGUUCGAGCCUUGCAACCGGGCAAGCUUACCGAGACACCCUUUGUAACUUGUGCAGAACUUCUCUAACUGUUUGCAGGGGAUGAACUCGCGAUCAUGACUUGAAAAAAUGAGAAGAAAUUUGAGAAUUUGGUGGCCCAAGCAGCACCUUUUAACUCAACCAUCAUCGCAUGACAUCUUGUUUGGGUGGUUUGUGUCAUCCUCUCCAGCUUCUGUGGAUAUUGUAAUAGCUCUCAGCAUCAAUGAGACCUUAUUGUCUCAUUUAUCACCGGGUCUUGAGGAAACCCUUCAAGAUACAAAUCGGGACAUGCCCGUAAAUUUAAAGGAUAAAGCUGCGUUCUGUGUCUUGGGUCUGUCUGCUGCUGACCCAAGUAAAGGCAGCAAAAAGAAAAGGGAUCAAGGCUGUGGCUGCUACAGGAUUACUGAACCACUUGAAUCAUGUAGGCAACUUGCUGUAGGAAGCAAUAGUUGGAUCCAGCUAAUGCAUAAUUCUUGCUCAGGCUAUCAGGGAGAGAACUUAUGGCUCCCUGAAGUGCAUCAUAUUCACUGGAAGGGGGAAGUAGUAUAUCACUGCGAUGUGCACAUUAUAGUUUAUGAAACUCCAAGGCAUGGAGCACACCAUUUCGCUCUUAGUUAUCCACACUAUCCUGGUCAAGUAAAAGUUCCUGUGAAGAAGCCCAAGUGGAUUGAAGAGCUUCAUCAAAAACAUUCUCAAGUUGACCUGAGUACAUCAAUUCUUGCAAUCAACAGUUCUAGAGCUGCUUCUGCUACAUUAUACAAGAAGACAUGUUCUGGGCCAGAACGAUCUGUCUCUCAUUCUAUCCUUAUUUGGAUGUUUUAUGCCUUCAUAUGGCAUGCAUUGGCCAUAUUGGCAGCUUCGUUAUCCACUCUUUUCUACAUCAUUAUCCAGAAUUGUCAUCACAUUAUGAGGUGGGGAUCACAGUCGCGGAUGUACAAAGUAUCUUCACAGGUGUUCCCGACUGCGUGGUCUAACAUCAAAAUUAGGUCUUGUCAAUAUCUAUAUUGGCCUGUCUUCCUGCAGAAUAGUGGCCUCAGGUUUCAAUCCAGUGUAGAGUUCGCUGAGAAAGCUGCAUUGCGGAAGCAUUCCAUUUGGUCAAAUAUAGCCAUUGAUGUGCUCCUCGGAAACUUAAUUGGGUUGUCCUUACUAUAUCAUGCGGAACUGGUUAGCUUGUGGUUUCUGAACUCUGUGGAGGGCCUAAAUAAUUAUCUGCGCAUGGGAUCUGUGUGGUUAAUGGGAGUCCCUGCAGGAUUUAAAUUGAAUACAGAAUUAGCAGCCAUCCUUGGCGCUACGUCUCUUAAUGUCAUACAAAUUUGGUCUACCCUUUGGGUUUUUGUGGGCUUCUUUCUGAUGAACAUAGUCAGAGGAAUUGCUAUAGUAGGGAUGCUUUUUGGGGCUACUGUUAUUGCCGCACUGAUGGUAGACAUGAUCGGGGCGGCAACUUUACACAUAUCUGCUCUACAUUCAUUGAUAGCUUGUCUUCAUGCUUCACAGACACAGGCACUGGCUGCUUUAUGGCGCCUGUUUAGGGGUCAAAAGUUGAAUCCUCUUCGCAUGAGAUUAGAUAGCUACGAUUACACUGUCGAGCAACACGUUGUUGGAUCACUUCUGUUUACUCCCCUUCUACUUCUGUUGCCAACCACCUGUGUCUUUUAUAUAUUCUUCACCAUUGUGAAUACAUCUAUCAGAGUUACUUGUGUGCUAAUUGAAGUUUUAAUAUCUAUUAUUCAUGAGACACCUUAUGUCAAAGUUCUCCUUUGGUUGGUGAGAUCAACCAGAUUUCCUGCUGGUAUAUGGUUCGAAAUUGCUUCCUGUAAAUAUAACGGCGUACAUCCCAUGGAAAGAUCUAUUUGCGGUGGCAAUGGCAUACAUCCAGAUUUUGAGAAUGCACUCAGGAAAACAGAGAAAUACAAAAGGUCUACUGCCCUGGUUUCAUUUCUACGCGUCAGUGUUCCAAGCAUUGGACAGAUAAUCUUACCUCAUUACAAGAAAGUCUUUACUGGUGUCUCCACAUCACUUGUUGCAGAGUCUGCGUAUGGAGUUCUCACUGGAAAAAAGAUUUCAUAUGGCCUGGUUUCUCAUCUUCCAUCAACUCUCCCAUGGAUGCAUAUACCGGUUAAAGAGUACUGGCAACUCUGCCAUAAAUCAAUUCUUUCACACUUGGGAGACCAAAGAUGUUUUUAGCCUUAGGUUUUUUUAAUUCUAGCUGACCUCAUUGACGGCCCAUAUUUUUCCCCAUAUUGCUGAGAGCAACUUACUGCUUGCUUAUUGAUC